AUGACGAUUCCAGAGCUACCAGAUGAUUUGGUAGAAGAGAUACUCAGUCGCGUUCCGGCUACACAUCUGAAACGAUUACGAUCUACUUGCAAACUAUGGAACCGUUUAUUCAACGACGAUUGGAGAUUCGCAAGAAAACACUCCAAAGAAUCCCCUAAGCAGUUUACGUAUCUCAUCAUGACAAAGAACUUCAACAUUGCCCCAGUGAGCAUCGAUCUCAAUACAACUGUAGAGGUAAAAACUGAAAUCGAGCACAGCUUCAAUGAUCCUCGGUACAAUUAUCCAGUUAAGUUCAAAACAAAUAGAGUCAUACAUUGUGACGGAGUCUUGUUAUGCGCCAACUUCAACAAAGAAUCUAUAACAUGUCUUUGGAACCCUUUAACUGGUGAAAAAAGAUGGAUCAAAAGCGAAGAACCUAACCACAGAUUAUGUAUGUUUCAUCUGGGAUACAGCCAAGGAGACAAGGACAAGAAGAAGAGCUACAAAGUCUUGAGUAUUAAUCGCGAUACCAACGUUUUCAGAAUGUACGAGUUUGACUCUAAUACAUGGAGGAGUCUUGGUAAUAUAACUCCGGACUGGCGCAUGCUAUUCUUUCCUCUGUCUUUGAAGGGAAACACUUACGUGUUUGCUGAAGAUGAAACCAAAAAGCCCUCAAUCAUAUCAUUGCUUAAGAUUGAUUACACGACAGAGAAAUCUGUUCCUGUGCCUCUUCCUUAUGAUGAUUGUAUUGAUUUUAGACUUACAUGCCUUUCCGUUGUUAGAGAAGAGAAGCUUGCUGUGUUAUUACAGCGAGAUAGAAUAUCCAAGACUGAGGUAUGGGUGACGAAUAAGAUUGAUGAUGAGACUACCAAAGUGGUGUCAUGGAGCAAGGUCUUAGCAUUGGAUUUGAGCCCUGAUGUUGUGUUGUCGAAUCUUGGAAGUUUCUUGCUCGACGAGGAGAAGAAAGUCUUGGUGUAUUGUGGCACAUGGUGUGGUACUUAUUAUCAACCCUUGAUCAAAAACGUGAUAUACAUUGUUGGGGAGGAUAACAUAGUCACAACAAUGGAUUUUGGAGUAGAAGAUUUGAACGUAUGUUGGCUUUCUAUUCUUAACUAUGUUCCAAGUUUGGAUCGAAUCAAACCACAUCAAGGCAAAAGGAAAAGAGUUGACGUCAACUACUAA